CCGGGCGGGAGACAGCGUGCGCGGUGCAGAUACUUUCUCUCGGGGACUGCACUCGUUUUGUGGCGGGACCUGCUCUGACACACACCCAGCUCACACCCUUGGCUCCAGCAGCUGGUGGUGAUGCAUUCCCGCGGCGAAGGCACGGACUUUAACCCCACUGCAGCAUGGUGAAGAAGGCUCUCAAUGGCGGGGUGUACCCAGCCCCGACCGGAGAGAAGAAGCAGGUUGGUUUUGUGGGUCUGGACCCCUCGGCUCCAGAGUCCAGCCGGGAUGGGGCGCUGCUCAUUGCGGCUACAGACAGCACCAAACGGACCAGUAUCCUCAGCAGACCACGGGCUAGUAUAUCCGGUGGAAGACCCCGACCAUCCAAAAAGAAUGCCAGCUAUCGCAAACUCCAGAAUUUCCUGUAUAACGCACUGGAGAGACCGCGGGGCUGGGCGUUCAUCUACCACGCUUAUGUCUUUCUCCUGGUCUUCUCCUGUCUCAUCCUGUCUGUGUUCGCCACUAUCCGAGAGUUCAAAGACAGUUCAGAGAGUGCCUUGUACAUCCUGGAAAUUGUGACCAUCGUAGUGUUUGGGGUGGAGUACAUUGUCAGGAUAUGGGCUGCUGGCUGCUGCUGUCGCUACAGAGGAUGGAGGGGCAGGCUCAAAUUUGCCAGAAAGCCUUUUUGUGUCAUAGACAUGAUGGUGCUGAUCGCCUCGGUGUCAGUGCUGGCUGCUGGCUCUCAGGGGAAUGUGUUUGCCACCUCGGCCAUCAGGAGUCUGAGGUUCUUACAGAUCCUCCGUAUGCUGCGGAUGGACCGGAGAGGAGGCACCUGGAAACUGCUGGGCUCUGUGGUCUAUGCACACAGUAAGGAGCUGAUCACUGCCUGGUACAUCGGCUUCCUCUGCCUCAUCCUGGCCUCCUUCCUGGUGUAUUCAGUGGAGAAGGAGUCCAACCAGGAGUUUGAGACCUAUGCUGAUGCUCUUUGGUGGGGACUGAUCACUCUAACUACUAUCGGUUAUGGAGAUAAGGUUCCAAAGACGUGGAACGGCCGUCUCCUGGGAGCAGCAUUCAGUAUGAUCGGAGUGGCCUUCUUUGCUCUCCCUGCAGGCAUCUUGGGUUCAGGUUUUGCCCUGAAAGUGCAAGAGCAACACAGACAAAAACAUUUUGAGAAGAGACGAAACCCCGCUGCCAGCCUCAUUCAGGCUGCUUGGAGAUUUUAUGCCACCAACCUUUCCCGUACGGAUCUGCUGUGCACGUGGGAUUUUUAUGAGCAGACUGUAGCUGUCCCCAUGUACAGGAUAAUCCCUCCUCUGAACCAGCUGGACCUGCUGCGCAAUCUGAAAGGCAAGACCUUCAGGAAGGAGGCUCCGGCCGACACCUCUCCCAGUAGUGAAAGUGCACAUAAAGACACUCUUUGCGGGUGCUGUCCAAGAAACAUUAGCCGCAAGCCGAGCCUAAAGGACAAGGUGUUCCCCAGUCCAUCUAAAGCUCCUGUUGUAAAAGUGAAAGUGUCUUCUCCCGGGGCAGAAGAGGGUGCCGAAGCCAGUCCUGGUAAAGUUACCAAAAGCUGGAGCUUCACAGAGAAGAGCCGCGGAGCUAAAAGUCCAUUCAGAGUGAAGGGCACUUCACGGCAGAACUCUGAGGAGGCCAGUCUCCCAGGAGAGGACUUUGGGGAUGAUAAGAGCUGCCACUGUGAGUUCCUCACUCAGGAAUUACCUCCAGGACUCAAGGUCACCAUCCGUGCAAUCUGUGUUAUGAAGUUUCUAGUGUCCAAGAGAAGGUUCAAAGAGAGCCUGCGUCCAUAUGAUGUGAUGGAUGUCAUUGAGCAGUACUCCGCUGGGCACCUGGACAUGUUGUCACGCAUCAAGAACCUGCAAUCCAGGAUAGAUAUGAUUGUGGGGCCCCCUCCCCCAUCAACACCUCGUCAUAAGAAGUCCACAGAAGGUCCUAGAGUUGACCAGAUUGUUGGUAAAGGGCCUAAGCCUGAAGCAGAGACAGCUGAAGACCCAAGCAUGAUGGGACGUGUGGUCAAAGUAGAAAAACAGGUACUGUGCAUGGACCGGAAACUGGACUUUCUGGUGAAUGUGUUCAUACAGCGGAUGGGCAUCCCUCACUCCGAGACUGAAGCCUUCUUCAACUCUAAGGAGUCAUACCCUGCCCCACCAUACCACAGUCCUGAUCACACCAAGGAGGAAAAGGAGACCAAAGAGGACAUGAACAUGGAAAGCCAGGGCCAGGUGAAGGAGGAGAUGGAAGUAAAGACUUACUCUGCAAUGGAAAUCAUGUGCUCUGACUGCUCUCUGGAGAAGAAGGACCCUCUGCUUGGACGUCCUGUGUCCCGUUCGGUGGGUACCCCGUCAGUGGGCAGUCGACCCUCCACCUCAUGGCAGCACCAGCUGCAGCAUCCCCUGAGCCAGCCGGCCUGGAACAGCAGUGUGGCCAACACCCCCUCUCCUGUGGCAGACCAGUCCCCACCGCUGUUCCGCCUGCCUCCUCCCCCGGCCUCUGGACCGGGCAGCAGCCGGGACAGUGGCUCCCAGAGCAGGAGGCGGCACAGGAGGCGGCAGUGCCAGCAGGACCCCACUGCUGCAGAGAGUGACACAUCCUUGUCCAUCCCCUCUGUAGACCAUGAGGAGCUGGAGCGCUCCUUCAGUGGCUUCAGCAUCUCCCAGGCCAAGGAAGACUUUUUUGGACCAUCGUUCUUCACGGGCUCUCUGGGUGCAGCAGGGCCAGAUGGCAUGCCCGGACACUCCCUGUGUGCCAGGGUAAGGCCCUUCAUUGCAGAAGGAGAGUCAGACACAGAUUCUGACCUGUAUGCUCCCUCCCCUUUGUCCUUCACUGGGGAGGUGUCCUGUGGGGAGAGGGGCUGGCCCGGCCUGAAGUAGGUCCACACUCACAUGAAUGGACACGUUGUGCUCUGGUCGUCUCUAAGAUUCAUGACAGAUUGGUCACACUUGUUGGUGCCAAAGGCCAGAGCAGUCAUAUAACUCUCUUGGAGGUGCUCUAUGUGGUCUACAUAUAAGUUUGGUCUGGAAAAAAACACAAAAUAAUUUAUUUAAAAAAAUCUUGGCAUGCAUGCCUGGCCAGUAGAAGGAGCUGCAGAAUUUCUGACAGCAACAUUACAGUUUAAAAAAACGGUCCAUGGAUGUCUUGAAGGGUAAUAAAAUAUUAUAUAAAAUGAAAUAACUCCAUCUUUGUUGUAAAAGAUAUGUCGAAUCUUCUUGUUGAAUAUGGGUAUCCUUUAAAAAGAAAAUGGAAUCUGAAAAUGUCAUUCAGUAUACAGAAACACUAACUUUUAUGCAAAGGACAUUCUUUUCUAUAAGCAGAGCCUCAGACACAGGCUAAUAUUGUCACAGCAUUUAUUAUAGAUGACUGUUAAACUCAUUUCUUUACCUACUCUCCCUUUAAAGAAUUGCAGUGUAUGUUUCUUGAUUUUGAAGCUCUUAAGCUCUUUGGCAUUCAUUUUAGCCUUUGCAACUGUACAAUAUCUAGUAAGAUUUGAGUCAUAAAGCUAUUGUUAUGUGUCAUUAUUGAGGUGCAUUACUAGAACAGGCAAAGCACUAUUUCACACUCUAUAAAAGGAACAUUCUAACUCAAUGCGUUUGAAUUGGUUGCAUUUUAAAAUAUCUAUUCUGUAAAGCCCCUAGUUUGGUUGUUCCCUGGACUUCAGGGACCAGGUGUCAGUGCUUUCAUUCU